UAACAAAUAUAAAGAACAAGUUAAAAAAGCUUUUAAAGUGAUUAGUUCGAUUAAUCUUAUAUUGUAAUUUGUUUUCAGACACGGCAAGAGAAGAGAGAGAGCUAGAGGGCGAGAGUGAGAGAAGGUGUGUGAGCCAUGGCUGCGUCUAGAGAAUUUAUUAUCUGUUGCUUCUUGACACUUCUCUUAUGCAACUUCUUCAUGAGAGGAGUCGACUCUGGUGGUGCUUCUGUUGACGUCAACAGAGGAGGAUGUGGCGGUGGCGAUGGUAGCCUUGGGGACGAUAACGAGCGGUGUGUGGAUCAGGCGGUACUGAAAGAUGACGACGACGAUGACGUGGAUGAUGUUUACAAAGUGAUCAACAAGAUGAGGAUAUAUGCUUGAUCACAUGCAUGCAUGGUUCAUUUAUCUUUAUUUAAACUUUUUUUUUCGUUUUCAUUUUGUUUUCUCAAGUUUCAUUUUCCUUUAUAUAAUUGAGAGAGAUUGUGAUCCGAAGAAGGGUAAACCUGUUGCCUUAAUUAUAUAUACUAGCUUUCUAAUUUUCUUGGAUAAAAUGAGUAAAUGACGUGCGUUGUCACAUAUAUAAAUUCUUGAUUA